AUGGAAAAUUAAAACGAAAAUCCAGUAGAGACUAAAGGGUAAGUGGAAAUUUCUCAAAACCUAUAAAACUAAGAGUCUUAAUUAAAUAAUGAAGACAAUGAAGUUAUAGCGAAACCAGAAGGGUUGGAAGUGAAAAGUGAAAAAGGGAAAGUUGAUAAUAAGUCAAAAAUUGAUGAAUAGAUCAAUAAUUAGGUAAUAGUGAUUGAAAAUCAAGAAGAGAACGAAUAAUAAUAAUAACAAUAAAACCCUGUGUUAAUUGGAUAAGAGAAUUUAAAUAUCUAAGAAUAUUUAGAGAAAUAGUUAGAAAGAUAUAAAAAAAUCGAAGCCUAGUGUGUAUAAUAAAAAGAUAAGAAAGUUAUUAAACGUAUAAUGUCUACACUUGAAGGUCAAUUGGAAAAAUUGAAGUUUAAUAAUUUAGAUCAAAUAACAAAUGAUAUCAGCAACUUCGGUGGGAUUAGUUUAAUUAAAGAACUUGAAUAGACAGAAGAGUCUUUCUUUUCGUAGUCUAAGAUAUAAGUUCAUCUGAAAGAAGUUUAUAAAUUUUAUUCCAAAAUAUUCUUUGUUAGAGGCCCAUCAGAUGAUUUCACUAGAAUCAAUCAUGAAUCCCAAACAUUAACAGAGGGUAAGUUUAUGAUAUUUUGUCGACAAUUUGGGUUGAUAGAUGAAAAAAUCCAUCACAUCAAGACCUAAUCAAACCAUACCAAAUCAAAUAGAAUUUUAAAUGAUGUAUUCACAACCAAGCCUAAUAAAAUGGUUCCUGCUUCAUAAAUGAAUCAUCUAUAAGAAUAUAUGCGAAUAUUAUCUUUUAAAGAACUUGUAUAUUAAUUUACUUUAUAUAUUAGAAUCUACUAUUUAGGAGAGUUAAUCAAAAUUAAAAUGAAAUUACCUUUAUAAAUUUUAUCCUUUUAUUGAAAGAACUUUCUAAACUCAUGUAUAAGGAAGAUUAAGCAAAAGCUGAGAUUAAAUUAUUUUAAUACAUGGAAGUAGAUUCAACUUAGUUUAAAAAAAAAAUGAAAUCCUUGAACAUUCCAUUUGAAUCAAAAGAUGCAUAAGGUUUUAGAAAACCUGAGGGAUUAUAACUAUAAAGGUUUGUAAAUUAUUCAACUGAUGAACUUAAAUCGAGAAGAAUUUAAGUGGAAGAAUGGAAAAAUAUAAAAAAAUAAGAAUUAAGAGAUAAAAUAAUAUCAUAAGCAGAUAAUUCAAGAUCUAAAUCUAUUUUUUUUGAGCCAUCUUACAUCAAAACUAAUAAUUAUAGGGAAAGAAAAUUAAGAAUGAUUGGUCUAGAUGCAAAUUCUAAUUAGGUUGUAAAUUGGGAGAAAUUGGAUAAGUUAGAUCCUAAACUUCUAUUACAAGAGGAAUUUAAACCUGAAGAUUUAAUUGAAGAAGAUGAAGAUGAGGAUGACAAGUAUUAUUAAAGAAGUUAUGAUUUAUCAAGAUAAAAAAAUGAGGUUAUGAAGAAGUAUGAAUAUAUUAUUAUGAUUUAUAGGAUAUCUUCAUUAGAUCAGAGAUUAUUACAAUAUCAAUUAAAAACGGAAUCUACCAAAAGGUACAUCUAAAACAUUUCAAAAAUAGAAUAAAAGUUUGAAAUUAAAUCUUCUUACCUAAAACUACCUAGAUUAUAGAAGAAAUGA